AUGUCGGGUAGAACAAUGAGACGGCAAGUACUGUUGUUUUUCUUGGUCCUGCACCUCAGCUCAGUGCUCGGCCAAGUCAGCUAUUCCAUCCCCGAGGAAAUGCCGAGUGGAUCUUUAGUCGGUAAUAUUGCUCAGGAUUUGGGUUUAGAUAUCAAACGACUGAAAUCAGGUAAAGCUCGCGUGUACACAGGAGACAGUGCGGGAUACAUCGAGCUGAAUAAAGAACGAGGAGUCCUCCUUAUCAAAGACAGAAUAGACAGAGAAGCGAUUUGCAGACAGAGUACGCCUUGUGCUUUGCAUUUCCAGAUAAUUUUGGAAAACCCCAUGGAAUUCUACAGUAUCACAGUCGAGAUAAUCGAUAUAAAUGACAAUCCUCCCACCUUUGAGAAAAACGAAGUCAGUUUUAAAAUCAGCGAAUCUGCCGUAAUUGGAGCAAAAUUUGUAUUAGAUAGAGCAAUAGAUUUUGAUGUCGGUAAAAAUGGUCUUCAAAAAUACGAUCUUAAACCCACUGACAAUUUUGUACUAAGACGGGACAGUCAGGGUGAUGGAACAGAAAAAGCUGAAAUGGUUUUAAAGAGGCCUCUCGACAGAGAGAAGGACGAGAUAAUUUCUUUAGUUUUAACAGCUUUUGAUGGAGGAGACCCGCAAAUGUCAGGAACAAUUAGAAUUUUCAUCACCGUAUUAGAUGCUAAUGAUAAUGCUCCUGUUUUUACACAGUCUACUUACACAGCUACUGUUUUUGAAAACUCCCCAGAAGGGACAAUUGUCACCAGCGUAACUGCCUCAGAUGCAGAUUAUGGAACGAAUGGUAGAAUAAAAUAUUCCAUUACAAACAGUUUAGAUCAAGCUCAUGCAUUGUUUCAGAUAAACGAAGACAGCGGUGAAAUUAGAUUGUUUGGAAAUAUUGAUUAUGAAAAUGCACGGAAUUACCAUAUUAACAUACGUGCAAGUGAUGACGGUGGACUUACAGAUUCGUGUAAAGUCAUAGUUGAAGUUGUAGAUACGAACGACAACAAACCAACAAUUAAUAUAAUGUCACAAUCAAACAUGAUAUCUGAACAUUCUAAACCGAGUACUGUUGUAGCAAUGAUGAACGUCCAAGACCCAGAUUCAAAUGAAAACGGUAAAGUUAACUGUUUUAUCAACGAUAAUACCCCUUUGUCUAUCAUAUCGGCAUCAAAUAAUUUCUAUAGUUUAGUGACAGACAGCGAUUUAGACAGAGAGAGAGCCUCUGAGUUUAAUAUAACAGUGACGUGCUCUGAUGAGGGAGUGCCCUCCCUCUCCAGCAGCGUCACUCUCACCUUACAGAUCUCUGAUGUCAAUGAUAACGCGCCUGUCUUUGAGAGGAGCUCAUAUGAGGCCUACAUUGUAGAAAACAACACACCAGGCCUCUCUAUAUUCACAGUGAAAGCCAGAGACGCUGACUGGAACCAGAAUGCUCGUGUUUCUUACAUACUGGAG